AUGCUCAGUAACGACAAUUACUUUUUAGCAUUGAAAAUACUGAAUAAUCGCUAUUCAAAUCGUCGUGUAAUUGCAGAGAGUCAUUUCAAGCAACUCUGGGAGAUGAAAAAGGCAGUAUUCAAUGAUGAAAAGUCUAUUAGACAAAUGUUAAACCAUAUAUCAGAGUCAACCGGUGCAUUAAAAAAUUUAAAUUAUGCCACGGAUCUAUGGGAUCCGAUAUUACUACAUCUGUUUCAACAAAAGUUGGAUGGACAACUACGAGCACAGUGGGAACUGCUUGUAGACACCAAUGAGGAUCCAAGCGUUACCGAAUUUUUAACUUUCUUAACUAAGUUCUGUAAUGCAGCAUCAGCAGGAAGUCAAUCUGAAGGAGGGCGGGAAAAGUCAAAAACCACAUCCCAAACCAAGACUACUGCGUUGCAUACAGUUCAAUCAAAUCAAAAACCGACUACGACAAUGCGAAAAGUAAAGUACGAAAAAGGAAGUAACUAUUCGUGCCAGGUGUGCCAGUCGAGACCUGGACACUUGCUGAUUGCGUGCCCAGUCUUCAAAGAAAAAACACCUAAGGACCGACAUCAAAUCAUAAAAGAGCUGAACCGCUGUUACUUAUGUUUUAGUGAACAUAGAAUUGCUCAAUGUAGUAAUACUAGGGUGUGUUCAGAAUGUGGUGGACGCCACCAUUCGUUGUUACAUUUAAGAACCACGGAGAGUGAAGAGCAACCGGUGACCGCAAACACGACUAUGCUUUCAGCUGCUAAUGAGAGACCUGACCGCUGCCGUGUGCUUUUGUCGACCGUAGCUAUUCUUGUUCAAGAUGUUAAUGGUGAUUACCAAGAGUUUCGAGCUUUGUUAGACGGUGCCAGUGAAAGUAGUUACAUGACGGAAGUUUGUGGAAGGAAACUAGGUUUAGCACGACAGAAAUGUAAUUUAGUGGUUCGAGGAAUGUCUGACGUGCAGGUAGCAUCUAUUAAGUCUCACGUCAAUUUAAACCUGCGCCCCUUAAGAAGCAGUACUCCUGAAAUAAACAUCAAUGCUUAUGUAGUUCCUUGGAUAACAGGGUUAUUACCAUCAAGACGCGUAUGGAAAGCCGAAUGGCAACAUCUAAAGGGACUUGAGUUGGCAGAUCCCAGGUACGACGAGCCAAUGCCAGUAGACAUUUUACUCGGCGCUGAUGUCGUCCCCUAUGUUACUCGAAGUGGUCGUAGAGAAGGUACAGGGACGGAGCCGGUUGGGCUUGAAACUGUGUUUGGAUGGACACUUAUGGGAAACACUGGAGCUACAACCGUGGAGACAGCCAACACAUUCGUAACUGCAUUGGAGGAGAUUGAUUCAACACUACGUCGUUUUUGGGACCUGGAGGAACUACCAAAAAUCCAGCAUCAGACCCCAGAAAACAUAAAAUGCGAGGAGUUAUACACCGCCACAACUACAAGAAAACCAGAUGGUCGAUACGUGGUGCAUCUUCCAUUCAUACAAAACCCACCACAUUUAGGAGAGUCCCGAGCGAUGGCCACGCAGCGGUUAUACAAACUCGAAAUCCGACUAGAGAAGUCUGAAGAACUCCGUCAACAGUAUAAUGUAGCCAUGCGAGACUAUCUCGAUGCAGGUCAUAUGAAACCAGUUGACUCAACUGAGACUAUGACUUCACACUCCUACUAUACUCCACACCAUGUAGUACUUAAGCCCGAGAGUUUAACUACAAAAGUACGGGUAGUGUAUGAUGCGUCUGCAGUUACUUCCAAUGGAAAAUCUUUAAACGAUUGUCUAUUUCCUGGACCCAAACUUCAGCAAGACUUAUCGGGGAUUUUAGUACGAUUCCGAUUACAUUCCAUAGUUUUCACUGCAGAUAUAAGGCAAAUGUUUCGCCAAAUCGCUAUCACUGGCGAACACCAUGCAUAUCAGCGACUUCUAUAUCGUUUUCAGCCUACAGAUCCAGUGCAAGUGUUUGAAAUGACAACCGUAACGUUUGGACAGCGUUCCUCGCCCUUUUUGGCCAUUCGAACUCUCCACCAAUUGGCUGCGGAUGAAGCCGCAAACCAUCCAGAAGUUCAAAAGGUAAUACAUACCGAUCUUUACGUGGAUGAUGUAGCAACUGGAACGAAAUAUGAAAAAUCGGCUCUUCAACUGCAGCAAGAUUUGAUUAAUGUGUUCAAGCGAGGAGGCUUUGAUCUACGCAAAUGGUCUAGCAAUUCUAUUGCUCUGCUUGAAUCUGUACCACCAGAACACCGACAAACCGAGGCAGUGACCUUUGAUGAGCCAACAUCAGACUAUACAAAAGUACUUGGGUUAAAGUGGGAACCCAAAAAUGACACGAUAGCUUACCAGUAUCAACCUAACCCGGUGAGGUAUAGUAAACGAGCGAUUUUGUCCGAGAUUGCUCGCAUCUAUGACCCGAUAGGUCUUUUGACGUCGGUAAUAACCAACCUAAAACGGUUAAUGAAGUAUUUAUGGGCACUGUUCGGUACGAUUCAUUAUCGUAAGAUAUAG